AUGAUGGAAGGGAAUGAUGUGAAACGUGAAACUCGUGCGUUUUUUUUGUGUGCUUGUUUAUAUGUCUUUCCUUGUUUUUCUUUUUGUUUUGACUUGUCUCGCUGUGGCGUGACGGGAGUUUGUAAAGGCACUUUUUCCCCGUCAUUAUUAUUGUUAUUAUUAUUAUUAUUAUCUAUUGUUAUUAGUAUUCCUAUUCCUAUUUCUAUUCCUACUACCGCUAUCAUUAUUAUUAUUAUUCAUACUAUUCCUAUUGCUACUACUAUGAUUAUUAUUAUUAUUACUAUUAUUAUUAUUGUUAUUGUUACUAUCAUUACCCCUCGUUUGUAUUUAUACUCAUGA